AUGGUAGCCGUCUUCGCCGUGUUCAUCGUCGCCGUGGCGGCGUCGUGCAUCAACGUCGGCAAGGCGCUGCAGAAGCAGGGCACCAAGAACCUGCCCAGGCUGGUGCUCGAUCCGAAGGUCAUCGGGACGUACCUCUCGGACGAGACGUGGGCGGCGGGCAUGGCGCUGGACGUCUUCGGCGGUUUACUCAUGGUCGCCGCGAUCGCCAGGGCGCCGGUGAGCGUCGUACAGCCCGUCGCCGCGGGGGGCGUCGCGGUCUUGGCGGUGUACUCGCACUACAAGCUCGGCGAGACGCUUCAGGCGAAGGAAUGGGCGGGAGUCGCGCUCGCGGUGAUUGGGACCAUAGGCAUCGGCUGGAACAGCGAGGAGCAGCAGCCCGCGGAGCUUUCGGGGUUCAGGUACCUCAUCGGAGCCUUCCUCGUCGCCGCGGUGGUCUCGGCGCCCGGGUACUACAAGUGGCACGCCACCAAAGACAAGGCCAUGAACCGGCUCGGCGUUAACCGCAGCGGCAAGAAGGUGGUCGGGUUGGUCGGCAUGGGAUCGCCCCACCACCUGAGGACGUCGCACCAGGUGGGCGGGACCGGGCAGGAGGGCGGCGGCAGAGUCGAGGAGGUCUUCGCGGGUCUGCAGGCUGGAACGUUCUUCUCGCUAUCCGCGCUGGCGUGUAAGCUGGGAUUCAUCCUGGGCGGGCGGAUGUCGUUCAUGUUCGUGCUCCUCGGGCUGGGCGCGUCCGUGGGCCUCACCGCGUUCGGGCUGGUGUGCCAGACCAGGGGCCUCAAGGACGGUAACAGCGUGGUGGUGUGCACGUGCGGCAACGUCGCGCAGAUGAUAACCGCGGUCGUCUUCGGCGUCGUCAUCCUCGGAGAGCGGCUACCCACCAGCACGUGGACGGCGCUGCGAAAUUGGUCGCUGAGCUGGUGCAUGAUCCUGGGCGGCGUCGUCCUGAUCAGCGGGAUCACGGUGGACGACAUACCGGUGGAACAAAUCAAGGAGAGCGUUGACAAGGGCCUGGGCGGCCUCGGGGGUCUGCAAGGGCUCGUGAACGGGAUGGGCGGCGGGAGGAAUAAGAUGAUCCUUCCGCUGGUGAACCCGCCGCCGCGCGUCAAGGAGGGACACAGCAAGGAGUGA